GCGCUUGUUCGCUUUGACCAUGAUGGCGCAUCGCCCAACCCAACCCAGUUUGUUUUUGUACUACAACCUACUUUCUUUUCCUCGCUACAACUCUUCCUCAAUAACCACGAAUUAACAUCUUCAUGAAACGUUUGACUAUACACAAUCGAACAAACGAGAGCGUGUCUCUCGAUACUAUUGUUCAUACAUUUCCGACAGAACGACGGAUGACUAUCUUACCUGGGGGCUCGACGACACUGCCGGUCAGACGUUUCGGCGCCCCUCUAACACUUUACAGGCAGGAUGUUAGUAAGGACCACUCAUUAUAUGUCAAAGAGUUAGCGUCGCCAAGUAAAAUCAUCGUUCAUGGACCUAUGAUGCUCGGCGCGACCUGGCGAGCAGUCGAAGUUGGUAAAGAUUGUCCAUGGAUAAUAUACCGCAGUCGUUCGAGCAGGCGGCAACGUAGCCUCUUAAUUCUACCUCGGCGAAACCUCUCAGCUUUCUUGCGAGACCUACCUGAUACUCUGCCGCUCUCUGCUUUGGCUUUACCUGGUACGCAUGAUACUAUGGCCCUCUACGGAUGGCCAAUAUCCCAGUGCCAGUCACUCGCCACGCCGCUUGUUGUACAACUUCAAUCAGGCAUUCGCAUUCUCGACAUCCGACUGGCUCUUAAAGACUCUAGGCUCAUAGCCUAUCACGGCGUAGUUGCACAACGAGUCUCAUUCCAGUAUAUUCUUUCCACCAUUCAUGAUUUUCUCACCUCUCCAGAAAGCUGUCACGAAACAAUAGUGAUGUCCAUCAAACAAGAGGACUUUGCGGUCGUACGUCCGCAAGAAUUCUCUCAACAUGUCCACGAUGAGGUUGCUAAUGGACCUGGCGGUAUGGGGAUGUGGUUCCUUGAGAAUCGGAUUCCAACUUUGGGAGAAGUGCGAGGAAAAGUUGUUAUGUUCAGUCGAUUUGGCGGCAAUGGUUGCGAAUGGGAUGGAGGAUUGGAAGGCCUUGGUAUACAUCCUACCACAUGGCCUGACAGCGAGAAAUUUGGCUUUACUUGGGAGUGUAAAAAUACCCUAGUAUGGACGCAUGACUGGUACAAUAUACCAUCAUUUUUAGCCAUUCCCGAGAAGACAACUCUGGCGACUCAAAUCCUGCUUCCGUCUCCGAAUAACCCACCAGUGCCAACCCUCGCGAUCACGUUCUUUUCUGCGGCCUCGUUUCCACUCGCGUUCCCACCAACCAUCGCGCGAGGAUUCGGUUGGCCUAGUAUAGGGUUCGGCGUUGGAGUUAAUGCGCGACUUGCCAAGUGGCUCAUCGACAAACUCGCUGGAGGCGAAAACGAUUCAGAGAAACCCUAUAUGAAUCCAGGACCGAGAAUACGUGGUUGGGCAUUUAUGGACUUCUAUACGGACCCGCAGGACAACUCUGUCAUUCCACUGCUAAUAGAGUGCAAUUACAGAGGCCGAAUCCGUGGAGAGGAAGGCUGGUUGUAGACUCAUAAGUUUGGCAUUGGCAUUUAUUCACAUUAGAUCCAUCCUCACGUAUGUGAUGACUUUCAUGACGGUUACGGUGUGUACAUAUACCCUGUAGUAUAUGACUCUCUUUCGGCGGGCUUAUAAACAAGGAUAACAUUCGAAAGUUCCUGCCUUUGACAAGAAUUUGUAUCAGAAAUGCGGCACAUACGCCACGUACUCGUUCGUCAUCCCACCAUUGUACCCUUCGAUUUCUCGCAUAUACUUUGUACAUAUGCAGUAAAUACGACGCUCCAAUAAUUCACUCAUUGGACAUUU